GUUAAUGUUUGUUUAAUCAUAGGGAAAGUUUGGCGGUAGUUCAGCUGAUAUUUGUCCGUGAUUCGAUUCGCCAUGGCUCUCCGCGUGCAGUUCGAAAAUAACAACGAAGUUGGCGUGUUUUCAAAGCUCACGAAUAAAUAUUGCCUUGUUGGGUUUGGAGCCACUGAAACUUUUUACAGCGUUUUUGAAGCGGAGUUGAGCGACAUAAUCCCCGUUGUUCAUGCAUCUGUUGCUGAUUGCCGAAUUAUCGGCCGAUUAACAGCUGGCAACAAGAACGGUCUGUUGGUUCCCAGUACGACUACUGACCAAGAGUUGCAGCAUCUGCGAAAUUCGCUGCCAGACGAAGUUGUCAUUCAACGAGUCGAGGAGCGGUUAUCCGCCCUUGGGAACGUAAUUGCGUGUAACGAUUACGUCGCUCUCGUCCAUCCCGAUAUCGACCAGGAAACUGAGGAGAUAAUCCAUGACGUCUUGAAGGUCGAGGUUUUCCGAAGAGAUGUUGCUGAUCAGCACCUUGUUGGAUCUUAUUCGGUUCUCAGUAAUCAAGGGGCAUUAGUGCAUCCGAAAACAUCUUCACAAAGUCAGGACGAACUUUCGGCUCUCCUGCAAGUCCCGGUUGUGGCAGGGAGCGUAAACAGAGGAUCGGACGUUGUUGGCGCUGGAAUGGUGGUGAAUGACUGGUGUGCUUUUUGCGGUCUUGACACAACGUCGACCGAGUUGUCAGUGAUCGAGAGCAUCUUCAGAAUUACAGACGCUGGACCGGAAGCUGUCAGAACCACGAUGAAGCCAUCGUUGAUUGACACAUUGGCUUGAAGAACUGGUAUCGUUCCAUGCAUGUUUUGGAAUAAUUCGCUCUCCGGAAUUCCGCGUGAAGUGUAUCUUUUUCCAUCGGAUGUUUAAACGGAGGAUUAAAUGUUCUGCCCGGUCA